UGAAAGCCUAGAACACACUAGUUUCCCAUCCCUUAUGCAAGAGACAUUCUAUCUCGACUUUUCUCUCUAUUAUGUAAGUUGCGACGCUCUAUCCGUAUUUUAGUCUCGAUGAUACCGAAAGCAACAUUCUAUCCCAUCACACGGUCCCCUCGCUUGGCGGCAGCAGGUCGCUAUGGAGACGGUGCGGCGGAUUGUAAUUACGACGCUGACCCUGGGUGCUUUCGGUGGGGUCGGAGGUGUAUUGUGGCUCCUGGUAGCCCCAGGAGAGAAGCGCAGGUUAGAGAUGAGCAAGGUACGGGUUAUGUUGUGUAACAGGCUGUUGUGAGCCUGGCGGACAUGUUGUAUCACGGCAGAGGUCGCUGAUGUCAUUCGGGAUUCAUUCUAUAAGAAUACUCCUAGUAAUUUAAAGAUAAAGAAUAAAUCUGCUUUGAUGAUAAAUGUUCAUUGACUGUGCUUUGCACGGAGAGAAUUGCACGUCUUUUAGACUUUGUCAAGCUGCCUUAAACACGUGUUGUGAGAAACGCCGUUUUGAAGUAGUUAUGGUGCUAGGAGAACCCUGGUGCCCCUUCCCCUUAUUAAAAGCAGUCAGACUGUUUAUUACUACUUUAUGGAACUGGAAAGAAGUGAAACCGUUUGACUACUUGCAUUGGGGACUCACUGUAGUGAUUAUGGUGCUUGAAGCGUUCCUUAAAUUAUUUUUAGCAAGUAAAUUUUUUGAAAUUGACCCAUACAGUGUUAUUCACUCUGUGGUGGUAUGUCUCAUGUAAAUUUCACUGUUUAGGACAGACUAGUUGAACUGGAAAAUAACUUGUCAGCAAUGUACUUAUUUAUUCUAAAUUCCAGCUAUUUAAGUAUAAACAUUUAUAUUCUUUUGAGUAGGCAAUCCAUUGUAGAACGAUUUGACCUCUUACCUGUUUACCUGAGGUUAUAAACAACUUAAAGGGACACUAUAGUCACCCAGACCACUUCAGCUCAAUGAAGUGGUCUGGGUGCCAGGUCCCUCAGGUUUUAACCCUUCAGAUGUAAACAUAGCAGUUUCUGAGGUCUGCUAAAGUGACACUCCAGUGCCAGGAAAACAAACCGUUUUCCCGGCACUGAGGUACCCUCUCCCUCCCACCAUCCAUCCCAUGUUGCUGAAGGGGUGAAAACCCCUUCAGUGACUUACGUGAGAUCCCCGCCGAUGUCACUCGGCGGCGGUUUUGGGUCCGUCCACACUACUCCCCUGCUGACGUCAUCCAGCGGGGGAGACCGAUCGCGCAUGCGCAGCGGCCGACGGGGGAGUGACGCUGUAGCACAGAAAACCUGUGUUAGAAACCAGGAAGUGCUGUCUAGUAGAAAGCCACUAGAGGAGGCGUUAACCCUGCAAUGUAAUUAUUGCAGUUUAUGAAAACUGCAAUAUUUACAGCUGCAGGGUUAAGGGUAGUGGGAGUUGGCACCCAGACCACUCCAAUGGGCAGAAGUGAUCUGGGUGCCUGGAGUGUCCCUUAAGGACUGCUCCUCAACCCCCUACUAAUUUUGGCAUGAACUUAAUUCCUGAAAGCCAGAAAUGUUGUCCAAUGGAUGCCAGAUAUGAAGUCAAACCAUCUUAAAAUCAAAAUGCAUUUUGUAAUUGUUAGGAAUUCUCUGAUAGGUAGAGUACCAUGCACUCAACUUAUUACAUAUUUUAUUGAAAAAGCAGUAUUCUAACAGAGCCUCGUAAGGCUAGUUAAACAAAUCCUGACACUACUUUUGACACUUGAGGAUAAGCCGUGAGAAAUAAACAAUUGCUUGUAGGCAUCACGGAUAGCGGAUUCACAUAACUCUGCAUGGUUAACUAGGUGGUAGCUUUACCAGUAGCAAGCGAUGUCUUGACAGUGAUAUAUAUAUCUAUCUAUCUAUCUAUCUACCGUAUAUACUCGAGUAUAAGCCGACCCGAAUAUAAGCCGAGGCCCCUAAUUUUACCCCAAAAAACUGGGAAAACGUAUUGACUCGAGUAUAAGACUAGGGUGGGAAAUGCAGCAGCUACUGGUAAAUUUCUAAAUAAAAUUAGAUCCUAAAAAAAUUAUAUUAAUUGAAUAUUUAUUUACAGUGUGUGUAUAUGAUGAAUGCAGUGUGUGUAUGAGUGCAGUGUUUGUGUAUGAGUGCGCAGUGUGUGUGUGUAUGAAUGCAGUGUGUGUGAUGCAGUGUGUGUGCAUAAAUGCAGUGUGUGUAUGAGUGCGCAGUGUGUGUGUGUGUGAUGCAGUGUGUGUUUGUGUGGCAGAGCCUUGGUGGGGGGGUGGGCAUUUUUAUAAAAAAUAAAAAAAAUUAUUAUAUAUUAUCAAUUUAUUUAUUUUGUUGUCCCCCCUCCCUGCUUGAUACAUGGCAGGGAGGGGGGCUCUCCUUCCCUGGUGGUCCAGUGGCAUUGGCAGUUCAGUGGGGGGAGGGGGGGGGCUGGCAGAGCUGUUACUUGCCUUCCUGCAGCUCCUGUCAGCUCCCUCCUCCUCCGCGCCGGUCCGUGCAGCUCUUCUGGAAGCUCACACUGUAAGUCUCGCGAGAGCCACGCUAUGACCCCGCGGCUCUCGCAAGACUUACACUGGGAGCUGACCGAGGUGCUGACCGGACCGGCGCGGAGGAGGAGAUAGCUGACAGGAGCUGCAGGAGAGGUAAGUAACAGCUCUGCCAGCCCCCAGUCUAUAUUAUGGCAAUGUAAAUUGCCAUAAUACAGACUGACUCGAGUAUAAGCCGAGUUGGGGUUUUUCAGCACAAAAAAUGUGCUGAAAAACUCGGCUUAUACUCGAGUAUAUACGGUAUAUCUCUAUCAAUGAGAUGGUCCCUAUAAUUGGUUCAAAUUAUAAGAGUUACUGCUGUGAAUAGCUUUCAUGUAAGGAUAGGGACAGUGGUGUAUCCUGGUUUUGUGCUGCCCUAGGCAUAACGAAAAUCAGGCACCCCCCCCGCACCCUUCCCCCCUGCCCCGCCUUCUAAAUACACACACAUUCACCGACAGACACGCAUACACUAGCAAACAGACAUACACACUCACUAACAGACACACAUUCACUAACAGACAUGCAUACACUCUCACUAACAGACACACACAUAGUAACACACUCCCUGACAGACACACACACUCACUCACUGACACACACUAACACAGACACACUCACUCACUAACACACACACACUAACAGACACACACUCACUCACAUUAACACUCACUUUUGUUUUUAAAUUCAACCCCCCCAGCCUCCUUACCUUUGGGAAUGCUGGGGGGUUCUUCCUUUCCCUGGGGGUCCGGUGGCUGCUGGGCGGGCUAAUGGGUGGGCUGGCUAGGUGCUGGUCGGGCGGCGCUGGCGAGGGAGCACUUUCCUCUGAACUCUCUGCUCAGCUCCCUCGCGCGCCGCAGAGUGAGGCUGGUGAGACCCGGAAUAUGAUGUCAUAUUCCGGCUCCCAGCCUCACUCUGCGGCGCGUGAGGAUGCUGAGCAGAGAGCUCAGAGGAAAGUGCUCCAGCGCCGCCCGAUCGGCUUGUCAGUUAGCCGCGAGGCUAACGACAUUUGCCCUGGGCAUUUGGGGGCGACUUUUUUUGCCGCCCCCCUGGGAAAAUGCCGCCCAAGGCAAAUGCCUUGUUUGCCUCGCGGCUAAUACGUCCCUGGAUAGGGAGCAUAUGUUGGGAUAGACUCAGCUCACUGGAGCAGCAUAAUAAAAAUGAACAAGAGACAUGUAAAAACAUAUCGAGAUGCAUUGUGUUAAUUAUAAAAUUGUCUCAGACCUUUGGUGGGCCAAUGAGACUAGCCAUGAAAGUGCAUGUGACUCGUGAAGGUUGGCAACAAUAAAUGGGCCCUGGUAGCUUCUAUUAUGAAUAUUGCAGUAAGAGCGAUGUAGUAAGAUGCUGACAGUGCGUCUUUAUGGUAGCUUUAAAUAGCAAGCGCUCCUGAUGUGUAACUAUGCGCCAAAUAGAAAAUAAACAGAAGCUUAGCCACUGUGUUAUUGGAGGCCAAUCAAAUAUGAUUUAAAAUAUAUAUUUUAACAGGAAAGAUACAUUGAGAUUUUGCUCGUUUUCAAGUAUGUCCUGGGUCCACAAAAUAUGAAGAGGUAGCCAUGAGUUAAAGUGCACAGUGGUGAUCUAGCAUAUAUGGUCACCGCUGGGUUGUCUCAUGUAAAACUAGGCAAACUGUUAUUCCACCUAUCGUGGGAUGGCAACAAUAAGUUAAUAAAUUAAAUCAUAGUGUGUUACUAAGUCCAGGGAAAUAAAUAGUUUUCCUUGUUACGUCAGAGCUGAAGCAACCAAGGACUAACCACUACAUACAUUCUAGGUUCACAGCAGAGGAACAUUUUGUAAUAGCUUCUAGCAGGAGUUAUAAUGCGUCUGCUACAGUGGCAUAUAACUUUAGUUAACUUUGUAUUAAUAAAACCGGUAAUCAUAAAUAACAUACGGCAGAUGUUAAUUGAUACAGGGGGUCUGAUUACAUAUUUUUUGCAAAUGGCCAUAUAGUUCUUGUUGUAAGUGGUCCCAUUCUCUUUUGCCAUAUUCAUGCACAUUUCUCAUGUCUUUAUUCUGUUUUGUGUAGUUUAUAAAUGAUCCACGUUGAAUGCAUUAGUGGUUCUGGCUCUAUAAAGAAAUACUCCAAGCACCAUAACUACAUAUGGGUGUAAUGGUUAUGGUGCCAAGAAUGCCAUGGAACCCUCACAGGAUACGUAGUAAAACCAUUUGACAACGUACCAAGGGUGUGCCAGACACUGGUUGCCUAUUACCAUGGAUUUGGAAGGAGCUGUAUUGUGCUUCAGUUAGCUCCCCUCAGCAGAACCUUGCAGUGCAGGUAUGGCUCAUUGUCUGAUCACUCUCAGAGUGCUAAGCUGUGCACAACCUGGUGUAGCUGAGAACUGCUUACUAUAAAGGUAGGCAGUGAGUGGUGCCCACAAGUUAAGAAUUCAUACUGUUCAGAAAUAGUUUAACUACUUACAUUGGGGUGAGUAAGUAGUGCGCACCACGGAAUUCCUAGCACCAUAAAAACUACAGCAGUUUAUUGUGGUCAUAGUGCUUGGAAUUGCAUGACAUUGCAACUUGUUUUUCAGGGUUCUUUGGAAUGAUCAAUCUAAAUAGUUAAUAAAUUAAUAGUUGUAAAUAGUAUACACAGUAAAAAGAAGGAAACUUUUUAAAUGUGACUCUGCUGAAAGUACAUUUUCUUUUCUCAUUUCAAGAAUUAUCCAGAAGCGAAUCCAGCAACUUUGGCCGAGGUGCGGAAACGAAAUGAAUUGGUACUUCAAGUUAUUAAAGAAGCAGCUGAAACAAAUGAGAAUGUGUCAAGGAAGUCACCAUGGAAAUAAUGAAUGCUGGCAAUAGAUAACUGUAAAACGUUUCCUAUUUCUGUGGAUAGUUUUCAAGGCAUUGACUGACUAAAAGCGAAUAUUUUAAGCAUAAAAGUUUGCCCAUUUAACGACUGUGAAAUGCGCCUUCUUAAAUACAAUGCAGUCAUAUCUGAUACCCUGGGUUUCCUUUAUGUUGGGUGGUAGAGUGUUUCACCUUCCUAAUUUUCUUAACAUUUGUAAAUACAUUACCAAUAGGAAGUUACUGUGUUUGCGAAUACUUUAUUGAGAUUAUUUGCAUUCUUACAUGUAUGAUUUUGUGGACGUUACAAAUUAUGACUGCAAUUCAAACCUAUGUUCAAAGGCUAACUAAAGAUCUUUUAUCUUUGCAACACAGUUAUUUCAAUUAAAAAAGAAGCCGUCUGUCUAUAUAAAAACUUCAUGCACACAUUAUUACUGUUACUUGUUUGUUUCACUAUACUCUAAAGCUAAUGUAUGAAAGAGGUUUAUGCAGCAGGGAAAUCGCUGGCGGCAUUCAGUCCUUUGGGACUUGUCUUGUAGUUCUUAAGGAAUUGUCUUGUAGUCCCGAGUUACAGGUUUUGUUAGGUUUAGCCUAUAUUUGCAAAAUAGAAUUUUGGUGAGUUGCUAAAUUUAGACUUCUGCAUGGUACAAUUCUUUGUUUCUUACAAUUUUAAAGUUUUCAGAAUUGAAAACGUUGUAAAGGACGUGUCAGGCUCUGCAAUGUGCCGAUUUGGCUGAAUUUCAGUUCUUGAAACCAAUUUGGCCAGUGCAAGGGUUAAUCAUAUGACCGCUAAAUAGCAUGCAGCCAAUGGCCCACUCGCUAGUUAUGUACACCCCUGCCCUACCUCUACCUGUGGGCAUUGGUUGGGGUCUUCAUUUUAAAGAACAAGGGGUCACUGGAAGGUCAUUGUCUAGUCCCCCUUCUUAUGUUCCCAAGACGCCGUACACAUUUCACUUUGCUAAGGGCUUUCCUCAGGAAAAAAUAACUGCAACUGUUAUGCAUAUCUCUCUUAAAAUAGUCUUUUGAUGAUAGCUACUCAGCAUCCUGGUUAAUUAAUUCCACACCUGCUUUACAUGCUCUAAUCUGUGGCUUUUUGUGGCACUUCCAAAGGGCACCUGCAGUGGAGGGUCCGAGUUCUCAACCCAAAAUGAAUCUGGUCUGGACUUAAAAUGUACACAUAAACAGGGUAAUUGGGGUGCACACACAGAACAUGCGUUUUUUAAUAGGGGUGUUGCCAUACAGAUCCAAAAUAUAUGUAUAUGAAGGCAACAGAGUACAAAUAAUAUACAGUUUUACAUAAGCACCACUAUUGAAAAAUCCCCACCCCCAAUUCCCUAUCUUUUUGUGUUUAUUUGGAGUUAAGACCAGAAUACUUUUGAUCACUCCAGCUUUAAAAAAAUUUGUUACAUGUAAACAAAUGUUUUUUUUUUAAAUUAUGUAUAUUGAUUUUGUUGAGGAAAAAAGAAAACCAGUUUUUUUUUUUUCUUUCUUUCAAUCUGGCUGAGCAGCCAGGUUGGGUCAGACUCUGUUACCUGCUGCUCAUCCUUACUUUCCUACUGCUGCAGUUACAUACAGGGCAAUCAUAGCAGCAGAUAAGUUAGGUUAAGCAGCAGUUGAUCAACAGUAGAGUGUGACCCAACAUGGCUGCUUAGCGAGAUAUAAAAGUGAUUUGUAAAAAAUUUUAUAUUCGUCGUUUAAAAAAAAAAUAAAAAAAAUAAAUCAUGUUUCAUUAAAGGUAAUGUUUCAAAACAAGAACUAUAAAUAAAUUGUAAGUUUGUAUGAGCAGGGCCUUCUUAAACUCUUGUCUCUGUAAAUAAUUUGUAUAUCAAUUAUUUCUUCUGAAAAAUCAAGUGCUACAUAAUAUGUUGGUG